UAACUUGUUUUCAUGUCGCCAUAUCUGUCACAUUUUGUACUACAGAGCCUGAUCAGAUGCAGAUUAUUGACACAGAGCAUUUCUGAUCUUCUUUAAGCCUUUAAAUGAGUUUUUGACUGUGUGUGUGUGUGGUGCUGGUGAGGGUGGAUAUGGUACCGCAGAGGCGUGUAGUGCAAUGUGAGUGCAUGGAUGAGGAGCACGCGUCGCACUGAGGGUACAGUGCUGAUGUCCUGUCACACAGAUGGGGGCCGACGGCAGUAAACAGAGGAAGAGGCACGCUGAAGGGCAGGAGAAUGAGCAUUAUGUAUCUGGGUGGCGUAGCUUCCUCUCUAGCAUGGGCCUAUCGAUCCCAGCAGGGCUCUGUCGCCUGUCCCCAUCUGCCCUGCGUCUGGGUCAGCGCCGAAUGAUCCAAGGCAAGCCACCCGAAAUCCCAGAUCAUGUCCUAAGGCUGGCGGGAGUUGGCCCAGACAAGCUGAGAGCGGAGUGGAGCCUGCCAGGGUUCAUUGCCAUGUUCCUGCCCGAAUUCCCCCACAGAACUGUGCCUGGACAAGAGCACUUUCAGGUGCUGGGUUACAUCGCCAAAGGUUCAUUUGGACCCAUUCUGAAAGUGAAGGACAAGGCCAAACAGAAAACCUAUGCUGUAAAAGUUAUACCUAAAUCAGAGAUUCUGAGACUUGGGGUCUUGGAGCAGUCAAAAGAGGAAGUUAUUGUUCAGCGUCAGAUUCGCCACCCAUUUGUCCAUGACCUCCAGGACUGCUGGCAAACGCAGCGCCACCUCUACAUUAUGUGUGAUUACUGCAGCACAGGUGACCUGUACACCUAUUGGCAGAUGAUUGGUCAGUUCACAGAAAAUGCAGUGCGAGUGUUUGCAGCAGAGUUGGGAAGUGCGCUCGGAUUUCUGCAUGAUUUUGGAAUCAUCCACAGAGAUGUGAAGAUGGAGAAUAUCCUGCUGACAGACAAUGGUCACCUCCGCUUAGCUGACUUUGGUUUGUCUCGUCGCCUGGAGCGAGGAGGAAGAGCCUUUACCAUUUGUGGGACCAUCCAAUAUAUGGCCCCAGAGGUGCUGAGCGGCGGACCCUACAACCAUGCAGCUGAUUGGUGGUCACUGGGAAUUCUGCUAUUCUCAUUGGUUACUGGGAAGUUUCCCGUGCCUCCAGAACCAGACCACUGCAGUAUGUUGAGGAAAGUGAGGAGUUUUCCCUAUGAAAUUCCCCUCAGUUUCAGCCCCCCACUGGCCUUGCUAAUCACUGAGCUGCUGUGCAAGACUCCCUCCCGCAGACUGAAGACGCUUGAUCGAUUCAAACGCCAAACCUUCUUCCACGGAACAACUUUUGAUCUCGCCUUGCUGCAGCGCCAGCCUGUGGAGGUGAUUCUUGAGCUGAGAGAGAGACCCGAUCGCGCCGCCAAAGCUCGACGAGGCCUCACAUUGUCUCUGCAGCCCCUCAAAGGCUUUGACUAUGAUGCGCUGCUUAGCCCUCCUGCCACGCCAGACACACAGCUGGGUGGCAACACACAAACUUACACAGCUGUGCCGUUACCCGGCCCGGCAUUCCCACUGCAGCCUGCUCAGGAAAAUGGUCCACGCAGAGAGAUGUUUGUGUGACAGUGUGUCUUUGAGUUUACAGUGUGGUCACUAAGGCACUAAAGGUGUAUUUCUGCACACUUAUUCACCCAAACACACAGGUGUGGUGCGCCUUCGAAAAUGUCUUAUUUAGUUAAAGCCAAAAUAGCUGAUUAUAAUUAAACUGGAUCUAUAGUUUAGUAGGGAAUGAUUCAUUUGAGUAGAAAACACAAUUUCUCCACUUGUAUUAGCGAGUUUGAUGCUUUUCUUUGUCAUUUAACAAGCACUGUUUCCUUCUUCUUUUACUUGUUUGCCUUUUCUUCAUUGAGCACAUUUUCAAGCCUGCUGUAUUUGCUCAACAGUUGUGCAAGAAAGAUUGUGCUUUUGUAUAAUC